UAGUAUUUUGUCUCCCGCCGGUGGAAGUUGUGAGGCGCGCUUCGCCUAGGGCAUACGUGCCGCUGCGCCAUAUAGUGUUGACCAAUGAACUCUUCACACUCUGUGAAGCAGCCCGUACUCACGAUGUGACAAACAUUCCAUAUGCACGGUUUUACCUUAAAUUAUGUGUACGGAACUACAAAACCUUACAUUGCUUUGAUGUGUUUCUUCACACAGAUUAUGUAACGUUUCCAAUGCUUUCAUUGCUACUAAAUAGCAUUAAUAUUUGUAUCCUUACAUCCAUAAGAAUAUAAAUAUAGAUUUAUUUAGUCUGAGAACAAAUUAGGCCAAGAAUGUACUUGUAGCGAAACCCUUAACAAGUCCAAGAGGGCACAAGAUUGAGGAAAGUGUACAAAGUGAAGGUAGCCUAGUGGCUUGUACAUAAGUGUGUACAUAGUGGUUGUUGGUGCUGGUGGAGAGCCAGCUCGUACACUGUUCGUGGAUACUGUGUAUCCUCUGCUGCCGUCCUUCUGCUGAGCGCCCACACCCUCACUCCAGCAGCCAUGGCCGAUACAAGCACAAGUAAUUCGCACCAGCAUAACAACGCUCGAGCUCCCCAUGAAGAAAACAAUGCCGUUAAAGGGAAGUCCAAGUCUAAAAAGAAAAUGUCUAAGCGAAGGACAAAGAGAGGGGAGAAGGACAUGGAGGAUCUGAAGCAGGAGUUGGAACUUGAUGAGCACAAGAUCUCCCUUAAUGAACUCUAUCAGCGACUUUGUGUGAACCCUGAAACGGGUUUAACACAGGACGAAGCUCUUCGACGCAUUGAACGAGACGGCCGAAAUACCCUGACCCCACCCAAGCAUACUCCUGAGUGGGUAAAAUUUUGCAAGAACCUCUUUGGUGGUUUCGCACUUCUCUUGUGGAUUGGUGCUGUCCUUUGCUUUAUUGCAUUCUCAAUUGAGGCUGCUUCAGAGGAAGACCCCAAUAAUGAUUAUUUAUACCUAGGAGUAGCGCUGUUGGGCGUAGUCAUUAUUACUGGCAUCUUCUCCUACUACCAGGAGGCAAAGUCUUCGGCUAUCAUGGAGUCAUUUAAGAAAAUGGUCCCACAGUAUGCUACUGUGAUUCGUGAAGGAGAAAGGAAGCAUGUGCAGGCUGAAGAAAUCUGCAUAGGAGACAUUAUUGAGGUGACGUGUGGUGACCGCGUCCCCGCUGAUGUCCGCAUCAUUUCAGCAAAGGGUUUCAAGGUGGACAACUCUUCACUAACUGGAGAAUCUGAGCCCCAAAGUCGCUCACCUGAAUUUACAUCAGACAAUCCCCUAGAGACCAAAAACCUUGCUUUCUUCUCCACUAAUGCCAUGGAGGGUACUGCCAAAGGAAUUGUGAUCAACAUCGGGGACAACACAGUUAUAGGUCGCAUUGCUGGACUGGUUUCUGGCCUGGAAACUGUUGACACACCAAUUGCCAAAGAGAUCAAUCAUUUCAUCCACAUCAUCACUAGUGUAGCAAUGUUUCUGGGUAUUACCUUCUGCAUGAUUGCCUUCAUGAUGGGCUACCACUGGUUAGACGCUAUAGUGUUCCUCAUUGGUAUCAUCGUAGCCAAUGUUCCUGAAGGUCUGCUUGCCACUGUCACUGUAUGUCUCACUCUCACGGCCAAGAGAAUGGCGGCCAAGAAUUGCCUUUUCAACAACUUGGAAGCUGUUGAAACUCUAGGAUCCGCCUCCACCAUCUGCUCGGAUAAGACAGGUACCCUGACUCAGAACCGCAUGACAGUAGCCCACAUGUGGUUUGACAAUACCGUUAUUGAAGCCGAUACAUCAGAAAACCAAUCUGGCUGUCAAUAUGACAAAACAUCUCCAGGCUGGAAGGCAUUAUCUCGUGCUGCCGCACUCUGCAACCGCGCUGAGUUCAAGCCUGGACAAGAGGCUGUCCCUGUCUUGAAACGUGAAGUAAACGGCGAUGCUUCAGAAGCUGCUUUGCUUAAAUGUGUCGAACUAGCUGUUGGAGAUAUAAGGGGCUGGCGAGCCCGAAACAAGAAGGUAUGCGAAGUUCCAUUCAAUUCUACAAAUAAAUAUCACUUAUCUUUACAUGAAACUGAGGAUAGGAAUGACCCCCGCUACCUCCUCAUCAUGAAGGGAGCCCCUGAGAGGAUCCUGGAACGCUGCUCGACCAUCUACAUUAAUGGCGAAGAAAAGGUAUUGACUGAUGAAUUGAGGGAAUCCUUCAAUAAUGCCUACUUAGAAAUUGGAGGUCUUGGGGAACGUGUACUUGGCUUCUGUGACUAUAUGUUGCCUUCUGAUAAGUAUCCUCUUGGAUAUCCCUUCGAUUCGGAAUCUGUUAACUUUCCUGUACGUGGCCUUCGUUUUGUAGGUAUUAUAUCGAUGCUAGACCCUCCUCGAGCUGCUGUACCUGAUGCUGUAGCAAAGUGCCGAUCAGCUGGAAUCAAGAUUAUCAUGGUUACAGGUGAUCACCCAAUCACUGCCAAGGCAAUUGCGAAGUCUGUAGGCAUCAUUUCUGAAGGAAAUGAAACUGUUGAGGAUAUUGCUCAGAGACUGAACAUCCCUAUUAAGGAUGUAAAUCCCCGUGAAGCUAAAGCCGCUGUUGUCCAUGGCUCAGAACUACGAGAUAUGUCCUGUGACCAGUUAGAUGAUGUUCUCAUUCACUUCACUGAAAUUGUGUUCGCCCGUAUUUCACCUCAACAAAAACUGAUGAUUGUUGAAGGUUGUCAGCGCAUGGGAGCCAUUGUUGCCGUGACUGGUGAUGGUGUUAAUGACUCUCCUGCUCUCAAGAAGGCUGACAUUGGCGUUGCUAUGGGUAUUGCUGGAUCGGACGUGUCCAAACAGGCUGCUGAUAUGAUCUUGUUAGAUGACAACUUUGCUUCCAUUGUCACGGGUGUUGAGGAGGGCAGACUUAUUUUUGACAACCUCAAGAAGUCGAUCGCUUAUACCUUGACCUCCAACAUCCCUGAGAUCUCUCCGUUCUUGUUCUUCAUGAUUGCCUCUGUGCCCCUUCCCUUGGGUACUGUUACUAUCCUCUGCAUCGAUCUGGGCACUGACAUGGUGCCAGCCAUUUCCCUUGCCUAUGAAGAGGCAGAAUGUGAUAUUUUGAAGCGUCCACCCCGUAAUCCAUUCACCGACAAGCUGGUGAACGAGAGGCUCAUCUCCAUGGCCUAUGGUCAGAUUGGUAUGAUCCAGGCAGCGGCUGGGUUCUACGUCUACUUUGUCAUAAUGGCAGAAAAUGGCUUCCUUCCGCCAAAACUGUUUGGUAUUCGUCAGCAGUGGGACUCAAAUGCUAUCAAUGAUCUGGAAGAUCACUAUGGCCAGGAGUGGACUUACCAUGAUCGCAAAAUUCUCGAGUACACAUGUCACACAGCUUUCUUCAUUUCCAUUGUGAUUGUGCAGUGGGCAGAUCUCAUCAUCUGCAAGACCCGACGAAAAUCGCUUUUUCACCAGAAAAUGAAGAACAUGGUGCUUAACUUUGGUUUAUGCUUCGAAACUGCUCUGGCGGCCUUCCUCUCCUACGCACCAGGAAUGGACAAGGGUCUUCGUAUGUACCCCGUCAAGUUUUACUGGUGGUUACCAGCGAUUCCUUUCUCGUUACUCAUCUUUGUUUAUGACGAGUGCCGCCGGUUCAUCUUACGGAGGACCCCUGGAGGCUGGCUGGAGUAUGAGACCUAUUAUUAAGAUGUUUCUGGCACACACAAGAGCAGCCAGUCCACAUCCUGCACUUGUCAGUAUUACUCGUGUCACUCACUCACCCCCGACGAGUACACCUUGCACUCUACCUUACCUGUCCACACCCUCAACUUUGCAUCACCUUUGCCCGUCUUAUAUGUUCACCUCACUCAAGUUGUGUAUACAUUCGCCACCAGUCCUAUACUUGUAGCAUUAGCCUUGAUGAUACCGCAUGUGUGUUGAGACGCCACUCACGCAAAUAAAGAAAAUGAGCUUC